AUGCAGAAGUUUCUGAUCUAUGUCUCUCGCGCCAUACAUACAAAGGAGCUCGGCUUGUCUUUCGACUUUGAGGGCUUGGCUUUCAAGACUCGUCAAGACUUGGAAAUCCUUCACAACAUCACUGGCUCAAUUCCUAGAGGUACCAUGACCGGCAUCAUGGGUGGCUCAGGUGCAGGCAAAUCGACGCUCGUAAGGGCACUGAUACGAGGCAAAUCGAGUGCAGGCACACUCAAGAUUAACGGAGUCAUCGAAGAUAUGAAGAAGUAUAAGAAGCUGGUUGGUAUGGUUCCCCAAGACGAUAUCGUCCUCCCAGAACUUACAGUUCGAGAAAACAUCUUGCACUCGGCACGGAUGAGACUGCCUUCAUCGUGGAAUGAUAGGGCCAUUCAAGAUUAUGUGGACUCGCUGAUUGCUUGCGUUUCUCUUACACACGUCCAGAACUCGCUAGUUGGCGAUGUCAGGAAGCCAAUCAUAUCGGGAGGCCAGCGCAAGCGUGUGAGCGUAGAUGCCACUUCAGCAGCUUCAAUGAUGCGAUUGCUGAAGGCCAUCUCGCGACUUGGUGUCACCGUAAUCGCCAUUAUUCACCAGCCUCGCGAGGAUAUCUUUGUGGACUUCGACCAGCUGUUAUUGCUUGCCAAAGGAAGUCAAAUUUACGCCGGCGCGACCCAAGAUGUGGUGCCCUACUUUGAAGACCUUCGCUACCAGUUUCUGUUACGCAGCAAUCCGGCAGACAUAAUCAUGGAUAUCAUAUCUGGCAAUGGACGUCAAUACUCGUCCGAUUCUGAGAAGUUUGAGGGUCAAUUCGGCGAGUUGAAUAAGCGAUUGUCGAUUGCUGUAGGCGAUCCAAGAAGCCCGAGGUUGUCGAUAAAUUCUAUGCGAUCGACCGCAGAGCACGAUCAAUCGCUACACGAGACCAUGAAAGCCAGAGGAGCUUCGCGGCAUGCUCAAGCGUAUUAUUGUGCCGAACGUGCUUUGCUGCAGCAAAUCCGCAAUCGCACGAGUUUCUCCUUCGAGAUUUUUGUAGCUGCACUCGCCGGACUCGUCAUUGGUCUGUCUGCUCACAGCUCGAACGGUCAUUUGUUCAGUGGCAUCUAUCACCCACCUUUCACUCAAAUAGCCAGCGCUGUUGAUUACAAAUCGGCACCACAGCUUGGUCUGCUAUCUGCCAUGGCUAUUGGGUUGGCCUCAUCCGCACCAGGCGUCUGGGUGUUCGGCGAAGAAGCACUCAUCUUCCAACGCGAGUCUUCAUCCGGCCACAGCAAAAGCGCCUACUAUGUUGGAAAAGUGAUAAGCACGUUCCCUCGCAUCACCAUUGCUGCACUGCACUAUACAGUCAUGAUUGGCGUUUUGGCAACCCCACUGAUGAAUUUCCAAGACAUGUACGCUGCGAACCUGGUAUACUUUUAUGCUAUCUAUGGCUUGAGCAAUGUGGUCUCCAUGUUGGUAAAAAGGGAAGACGGUCCUUUGUUGGCUGUACUACUCAGUUUGAUUCUUGGUGUACUGGGCGGUGUCGCACCCCCGUUGUCAAAGGUCAAGGAGUGGCACAUGGAAUGGUUUUGGAGGUCGAGUCCUGGCGUGUGGUUUACUGAAGCAUAUUGGACUAAGAUGGUGAGUCCGAGAGCGUUCUUACUGGACGUUGAUCUUGCAACUCAAACCAUCGGUUUCACCUUGGGUGUGUUUGGGAAGGAUCUGGCUCUGGUUCUUGUCAUUGGUACAGUGUACCGGUUGCUGGCUUAUGUACUCUUGGUACUGUUCAGAAAGAGGCAGAGAUGA